CCCGGCCCGGACGCGCCCGGCGCGGCGCCCGCGGGGAGAGGGCGCCCGCGCCAUGGCCGCUCCGUGGACGGGCGCGCUCCUGCUGCUCCUGGCGUCGCAGGCCGUCUCCUCGGCGCAGGCCUCGGACGAGGAGGAGGUGCCCGAGGGCUGGGUCCUGCUGCACGUCGUGCAGGGCCAGGUGGGGGCCGGGAACUACAGCUACCUGAGGCUGAACCACGAGGGGAAGGUCGUCCUCCGGAUGCGCAGCCUGCGGGGCGACGCCGACCUGUACGUGUCCGACAGCACCCUGCACCCCAGCUUCGACGAGUACGAGCUGCAGUCGGCCACGUGCGGCGCCGACGCCGUCUCCGUCCCCGCGCGCUUCCGGCGCCCCGUGGGCAUCGGGGUCUACGGGCACCCGUCCCACCUGGAGAGCGCGUUCGAGAUGAAGGUCUACCGCGACGCGACGCUCGAGCCGCAUCCGUUCGGUGAGGCCGCCUAUUCGGGCGGUUCUGAUGCGAGUCGCAAGCACGCCUAUGCCCCGGAAGACGCGUCCCAAGAAGAGGAGUCUGUGCUUUGGACGAUAUCGAUUAGUAUUCUGAAGUUGGUACUGGAGAUUCUUUUCUGACUCGCUUAGCGUACUGUCGGGUAUAAUGCUCGUAAUCUGCGAAGCCGAGUGCACUUCGCUGUGAACCGAGCUACUCUGCCCUGGUUGGCACUCUGGUCACCUUUUCUGGGUGGGGGAUAAAAGGGUAAAGCCAUACAGUUUGGUUACCUCAGUCACUCCGAAAGUACGCAAAGCAGCAACCACGUGUUUUCUUUCAGUAAAGCAUCAAAAUUCCUGUAAAAGGAAUAUGCACAAUAAAAUGCUUAAACCCCA